UUUAAAAUAGCAUUAGAUAGGCAGUGUGCCGUCAGUCGGGCUCGAAGAACGAGUAGUCGUCGUCCAACCGUGUCAGCGAUUGAGCGAAUUGAAACGGCAGUACGUGGCACGUGACAUAUCACACAGAAUUACGGUCCCGCCGUUUUUUUUCUUUUCUUCUCUCUUCUUUUCUUUUCUUUUUUUUUUCCUUUUUUUUCGCAACGAUACCCGACCGCCGGACAUGGGAACGUUCCUCCGUUUCCUCGGGAUCUCGUCGUCCGACGACAACCGAGUCGAUGAAGCUACAGGGUUGACGGAGAGACAGAAGAAAUUGGUGCAGAACACGUGGGCCGUUGUCAGAAAGGACGAGGUGGCUUCCGGAAUUGCUGUGAUGACCACAUUCUUUAAAAAAUAUCCCGAGUAUCAACGAUACUUCCCAGCUUUCAAGGACACUCCAUUGAACGAACUGCCGGCUAAUAAACGAUUUCAAGCUCAUUGUGCCAGCGUAAUUACAGCUUUAAAUAAUGUUAUCGAUUCCCUGCAUGACCCAGCGUUGAUGGAGGCGAGCCUAAUCAGUCUGGCCGAGAGGCAUAAAAAUCGUGGCCAAACGAAAGAAGAAUUUCAGAAUUUGAAGGAAGUAAUGCUGGAAGUUCUUCGUCAAGCGUUAGGGAAGCAGUACACGCCGGAAGUGGCCGAGGCGUGGAGUAAAACCUUGGACGGUCUGUUCACCAAGAUAUAUCAGGUUUUCGCAUCUUGAAGAACGAAACGAUUGAAAUUCGAAGAAAAAUGAAUCUUCUCGCCCCCUUAGUUGUUAAGAUUUGAAUGUUGUAUAUAAAAUGCACUAUUUUACACAGACAGCUCGCACAGCUACGAUUAUUACAUGACGUAUGUUAGAGAUACGCUCGAUGAUAAAUGAAAGAAAACUCAAAGGUUACUCGUGAGACAUCGAACAGAAAUAUAUAAGUACGUUUAUACAGGAUGUUCGCAGAUUUAUUAGCCAACUUUUUUCAAACCGAAAAUAAGGGAAAAAGAAAUAUUGUUUUUUUUGUAAGCAACACAGUGGUGCAUGAAGUUGUUUUUUUUUUUUUAGAAUUCAAUUUUUCAAA